GGGAGGGGAGAGGAAAGGACAGGAGGGGAGUGUAAACUAUAGGAGGGCGAAGGAAGCGAGGCGCGACACAGCUCCGGGAGAGGAGGACAGAACUGAGCGCUAAGCGCAGAGCGGCUCUCCGGCCUAGAGGAGGGAGUGCGGCGCAGAGAGGAGGGGCUUGCGGCCCCGUAGAAAUGUCAAUCAGAGCCCGGAGCCCGGGGAAUCUCGGCCAAUCUGUUCGGACCUGACCUGACUCCUCGCCGCCGCCGCCGCCGCCGCCGCCGCCGCGGAGCCGAUCAAUAGGCGAACGCGGAGCACAGCGCAGCGCGGGAGGCAACGCGGCCCGGGCUCGGCCCAGCCCCCGAUGCGCUCCGGAGCCAGCGUGCGGCGCUGAGCACCGCGGCCCCGGGGGCCGGGCCCCCUCUUCGUAGGUGCCCCGCGGGCCACCAUGUCCUUCCCUCAGCUCGGAUACCAGUACAUCCGCCCGCUCUACCCACCCGAGCGCCCGGGAGCCGCAGGCGGCGGCAGCGGAGGCGGCAGCGCAGGGGGCCGGAGUGGUCCGGGCGUUGGAGCCUCAGAGCUGGCCGCCUCGGGGUCCCUAUCCAAUGUGCUUUCGUCCGUGUACGGGGCACCCUACGCCGCGGCCGCAGCGGCAGCUGCCGCCGCCCAGGGUUACGGCGCCUUCCUGCCCUACGCUACGGAGCUGCCCAUCUUCCCACAGCUGGGCGCUCAGUAUGAGCUGAAGGACAGCCCUGGGGUCCAGCAUCCGGCCACGGCCGCCGCGUUCCCGCACCCACACCCUGCCUUCUACCCCUACGGCCAAUACCAGUUCGGGGACCCGUCCCGUCCCAAGAACGCCACCCGGGAGAGCACGAGCACACUCAAGGCCUGGCUCAACGAGCACCGCAAGAACCCGUACCCCACCAAGGGCGAGAAGAUCAUGCUGGCCAUCAUCACCAAGAUGACCCUCACCCAGGUGUCCACCUGGUUCGCCAACGCCCGCCGGCGCCUCAAGAAGGAGAACAAGAUGACGUGGGCACCCCGUAGUCGCACCGACGAGGAGGGCAAUGCUUAUGGGAGCGAGCGGGAGGAGGAGGACGAAGAGGAAGAUGAAGAAGAGGGCAAACGCGAGCUGGAGAUGGAGGAGGAGGAGCUCGCAGGGGAGGAGGAGGACACGGGGGGCGAGGGCCUGGCCGACGACGAGGAGGAUGAAGAGAUCGAUUUGGAAAACUUAGACAGCGCCGCAGCCGGGCCGGAACUGGCCCUGGCUGGGGCAACGCACAGGAACGGCGACUUCGGCGGCCUAGGACCCAUUUCGGACUGCAAAAAUAGCGACUCGGACGACAGCUCCGAAGGCUUGGAGGAGCGACCGCUGUCGGUCCUGAGCCUGGCCCCGGCGCCACCGCCUGUGGCCAGGGCUCCUCCAUCUCCUCCCUCUCCACCCUCGGGCCUGGACCCCUGCGCUCCCGCACCAGCGCCCUCCUCCGCCCUGCAGAAGCCCAAGAUCUGGUCACUGGCCGAAACGGCCACUAGCCCGGACAACCCACGUCGCUCGCCUCCUGGAGCCGGAGGUUCUCCUCCUGGGGCAGCGGUCGCGCCCCCGACGCUGCAGCUCUCGCCCGCGGCUGCCGCUGCAGCAGCCGCCGCACACAGACUCGUCUCGGCGCCGCUUGGCAAAUUCCCGGCUUGGACCAACCGGCCUUUCCCAGGCCCGCCGCCUGGCCCGCGGCCGCACCCGCUGUCCAUGUUGGGCUCGGCCCCACAGCACCUGCUGGGACUUCCCGGAGCCACGGGACACCCGGCUGCCGCUGCGGCUGCCGCUGCCGCCGCCGCCGCCUAUGCUCGGCCUACGGAGCCGGAGAGUGGAACAGAUCGCUGUAGUGCCUUGGAAAUGGAGAAAAAGUUGCUCAAGACAGCUUUCCAGCCCGUGCCAAGGCGGCCCCAGAACCACUUGGAUGCUGCUCUGGUCCUAUCAGCUCUCUCCUCAUCUUAAUUCUUUCAACAAUUUUUAAAUCGUUGUACUAAUUGUAAAAAAAAAAAAAAGACAAAUCGCUCUGUAUAGUUAUGACUUGCAAGCAUGUCUAUGUAUGAAUACCUAAAAAAAGAAACACUAAACAAACAAACAAAAAAAGAACGAAAGAAAGAAGAAAUAAAGCCAGCCCCCCUGGGCUCAACCCAAGUUGCUUCUGUACUGCCCCACAUUAGAUUGUGGGGUUCGUUUGUUCUGUUGAUUUGGGGGAGGGGUGCAGAGAGAAUAAGCGUGUCUGACUCUUUUUGUAUAUACAGAAAAAUGUACAUACGUGUGAACCAAAUUGUACAAGAAAGUAUCUAUUUUUGGCUAAAUAAAUGAGCUGUUGCCACUUUUGACUAUAA